CUUCCGGCGGGGAGCGGAGCAUGGCGUUGAACGCGGGGGCGUCGGAGCCGGGCUGGGAGCCGCCGCCGGAGGCGGAGCGGAAGGUGCUGGCGGCGCGGCGGGAGCGGCAGGAGCGCAUCAGCCACGCCAUGGGGGAGUACCUGCUGCGGGGGUACCGCAUGCUGGGGGAGUGCUGCCCGGACUGCGGGACCAUCCUGCUGCAGGACAAGCAGCGGCAGCUCUACUGCGUGGUCUGCCAGGAGCUGGACUCCGACGCGGACAAGGAUGAUCCCGCGCUCAGCGCCCAGGCCGCCCUCUCGCAGGCCCGCGAGCACCAGCGGGCCGGGGCGGCGGGGCCGCGGCCGGCGGCGCGGCGGCCCGAGCACUGCGAGGGGGCGGCGCCCCCCGAGCCGGGACCCCCGGCGGCGGCGGCCCCCGCCCCGGCCGAGCCGGGGCCCCCGGAGGCGGCCGAGGUGCUGGCGGCGGCCCGCGCGGCCGUGCUGCGCAAGCUGGGCUGGGCCGCGCGCGAGCUGCCGCGCAGCGCCUCGGCCGAGGCCGGCGUGCAGCUCUGCGCCCUGGUGCGCGCCUGCGCCGAGGCGCUGCGGGAGCUGCAGGGGCUCGCGCCGCCCUGAGCCCCCCCGCCCCCCGCCCGCCCCCCAUAAAGGCUCUGCACCCGCCGCCCGCCUGCCGCCGCUCAUUU